AUGACGAACAAAAAGAAUUGUACUAUUUUUACAUUAUAUAGUCCUUAUAAGAAACAGAAGAGAAAAUUAUAUUAUAUGUCAUUUAAAUUUCUUUGUUUAAGUUUAUAUAUCGUUGUAUUUUAUUAUGUAUUUCUAAAUAAUUCUUUAGAACAUGGAAGCUUAGAAAUUGUUAAAAAUGGCAAUGUAUAUGAACGAAAUUUAGGUGAGGCAGAAAAAAAUUUUAAGGGUUGAAAAAGGAAAAAUAAUUCAAAACAUAAAAUAGAGGAUGUAAAAAAAAACAAAAAUCAAUAUAAGUGUAAAGAUCAAAAGGUAAAGGAAAAUAGAUACAGUACUAAUAAUGAUCUAGGGAAUACUAACAUGAAAAACAAAUGUAAUAGUUCAAUAAGUAAUAUAAAUUAUAAUGAUAUAUCAAAGAAUUUAACAGAAAAGGAAUUAUUAGAUGUAUUAAAUUCAUUAAAAGAAUGUCCAUUAAAUCAAGAUCUUAGAAAUAUAUGGACUCACACACUUGGUAUUAAAGAAGGAUUUGUUAAUGUAUUGAAUAUAUUAAAGGCAUUAAUACAUAAAUACUUAGAUAAUGAUAUUUAUGAGGGUACUAUUAAUAGUACUGUUAAGUCCUCUGUAUAUGGAAAUAUAUGGGAUAAAAAUAUUUCCAGACUUUAUGAAACAUUAGGAACAGAAGAGAUUUUAUACACUAAUAAUUUUUUUAGUCUAAUUAAUGGUAAACAUACACUUGAUCAUAUAUUGAAAUUUAUUUAUUCAUUCUUAGAACAUUUUAAGGCAUUAAAAAAGGAAUUACACCAAAAACACCAAAAGGAACUUAUCGAAAGUAUUGCGCAAAACUUACAUUCAUUUAAAAAAUAA